AUGGCAAGAGACUUCCGGGAAGACCGCGAGAAGUACAAGUGCAUUUGCGGUUUCUUGCAUAUCAAGACAGCCACUUGGAUUAUCUGGGGCCUGAACCUCGCCGGACUGAUCCACGAUCUGCUUCUCACGAGGGCAACUUUAACCGGCAAUGAUGGCGAGGAAGCGGACAGUAUCACCUGGUUCCUCGGCAUCCCUCUCCUGAUGAUCAAGACCUUCGCGUGGACGAUGUUAUUGUGCGGCCUCUUGGCGGAACGCGCGAGCUUCCUGGUCCCGUAUCUCAUCAUCAAGGUACUCGAGUUCCUAUUAUAUGGCCUGAUUGCCGUGUGUCUUGCCAUCGUCCUGGCAGUUGACGCAACUCCAAAAGCCGAUGACGACUCGGCACAACGUGAACUUCAUCGCGUCGCCGCCAGCUUGAGCGGUGGAACCGGCUGGGCAUUAGCUUUUCUCAUCGGUGCAUUUUUGCUCUUCACCCUGAUCGCGUUGUGGACCGUUUUCAAGUGCCGUCGAUACUUCCUCGACUUGGCGGCCCAUUGGGAGCGUACGAACAGCGCAACCAACGCGUACGUUUAUCCUGCCGCAUCGACUUAUCGGGCC